UCCCCUACCGGUUGCUGCAGGAGCGACAUCUUGCUCGGCAGGAAAGCGCUGGGAGAGCGGGAGGAUCCGGGCUGCUGCGCCACUCGCGCCGAGGACCCGCCGGAGCCGCGGGGCUGGAGGUACAAGAAAGAGGCGACCGCGCGGCGCGGAAGGGCGGGCAUUCGGGGCCGACGUGCGGCACCAUGUCCCCGGGGAGCGGGGUGAAGAGCGAGUACAUGAAGCGCUACCAGGAGCCGCGCUGGGACGAGUACGGGCCGUGCUACCGUGCGCUGCGCCACUACUGUCUGGGUCGCCGGCUGCUGGAGCAGGCGCACGCGCCUUGGCUCUGGGACGACUGGGGCCAGGCCGGCGCCUCGGACGACUCGGCGUCUUCGGCGUCGUCGGGCACCGGGGCCCCCGCGCCCCAGUGCGCCCCGGCCUCGCCGCCGCCGCCGCCCGCGGAGCCUGAGGCGCGCGUAGGGCCGGAGGAGCGGGGCGUGGAGGCCGCGGGGGACGCGGAGACCAGGGACGCCGUGGACGCAGAGGACGCGGCGCUGCCAGCACUGCCAGUGAAAGAUGUAAAAGAGAAACCUGAACGACAGAUCAGGAUGAGAGACCCUGAAAAAUCAGCCAGCAGUACUGACCCUCAGCAACCACCAAGUGCCUUAGCUGCCCGAGGAAGCAGGAAAACCAAGAGUCCUCAGAGGUCAUCCACUAGAAUAAAAGAACACAGGCACCCGUUUGCCCUCUAUGGGUGGGGAGAGAAACAGACGGAUACAGGAAGCCAGAAAACUCACAAUGUCUGUGCUUCUGCACCCAUGCGUGAGAUCCAUGAAUCAGCAUUGCGAGCCAAGAGCAGAAGGCAGGUGGAGAAGAGGAGGCUGGCGGCUCAGAGGCAGCGGGCUCACUCUGCUGAUGUGGAGAAAAAUAGGCGGGUCAAGCCUGCCUCCUCAGAGAACCCAUGGAUGACAGAGUAUAUGAGAUGCUACUCUGCCAGAGCUUGAGGGAAGGAACAGUUGCUUGGACAACCUCUUUUUAAAAGUGUAAAUGAAAGAAAAGAACAAGACAAAAACUAUCAAAAGCAAUUGGACACAGGUGUAAGAAACCAACUGAUUAUGCAAGAUUUUUCUUGGGGAAUUUCCGAAAGAUUGCCUCUUUUGAUGAAUCCUGGUCACCUACCUCAGCAGUAGGGUGACAACUGAAGCCAUAGAAAUUUGGUUAUUUAUGAGGAGAAUUCCCUAAAUCUUUGAUAUUCUUAUAAGGGUUUUGUUUUAAAGCAUCUUAAUCUUUUAAGAUACUGACACCAAAUGCCUUUAAAUGGCUGACAGAUGCUUAACUUCAGUAUCUAUGCUCAGUUUAGGUGAAGCCUGUUUUCCUCCUGUUCUGAACAGCUUCUCAGAUUCCAUAGCUGGUAAGGUCACGCCAGCUUGCCACAGAAGAUUCCUUUUCCUUAUGUGUAGUUUGCUUUGAACAUCAAGUUAAAAGUGAGUUUCAACACUACUUUUGAUUCCAUGUAUAGUGAAAGUAUUGUAGAACAUUGGUAGUUCCUAAGCAAUUAAAUGUUUUUUGCGUUUCAGUUCAAGUACCACUUCAUGUGGACUGUGAUAGUUAAGAACUAUCCGGGCUGGAUGAGGGUCAUCUUUUCUCUUUAAAUUGUCAUCUAGGCACUUAUUAAUAGUUUAGUUCAAGUGCAUUCCAGUAAAUGAAGUGUUUAGAAGUAGUACUGAAGUUUCUUUUGAGUCAAAGACUCACUUUUUAAUUGAGAUUUUUUAAGGACACUUGAUGGGGUACCAGUCACUUGCUGCAGUCUCGCCUUUUGGCAGUCACCCACUGUGGACUUUUGCCUCUUCUAGAAGAGUUUAGCAAUGAUACUUACAAUUUAAAAUCUGAAAUUUUACUUAGUAAAUUGAGAUUGUCUUGCUUACUGGGGGUGGGGGACAGAUUUUAAGCUACCUAUUAGAGAUGUGGAUCACCCCUACUUUUCUCCUCCAUGGAACUUACCAAUAACAAAGCCUUGAUGAUGUACAUUGUUCAGACGUUUGGUUGAAAUACAUUCCUCACAGGUUCCUAGCUGAUAGGUUUUGUGUAGAAGCUAAUGUGAGGGGAUGUUGCUGUGUGUAUGGGCAUAGAUGUGAGCAUUUCAAUGAAGUGUUUCCUUCCCUCCAGUACAUUUGCUUUUGGGGUAGAAAGUGGUUUUGAGAAACAUUUUUUCCAUUCAGCAGAGACAGGAAUCUACAGUAAGGAUGAAUGCUAAAUUCCUGAUAAGAGAGAAAAAAGUUCUUUGCCAGCUUACCAUGUAGAGAUGUGUGAAUGAAAAUUUGGUGUUUGAUGUGCAUUUGAGCAUUUCCUUGAUAUUUUUACUCUGGGUCUUUGAAGUAUUAUGGUUGAUUUCUACAAAAAUGUUUCAUUCCAUGUAAAAUCUUCACACAGUAUCAUCUUACACAAUCAUAUUAAGCUUUGCAAAUUCGUAUUGAAGAAUCAUGAGCUUUUAAAAACAACUUAAAAUAUCUGCGUUAUUUUGAGGUGAAUAUAUAGAGAGCUCUCCUAGUCACUACGAUGUAUGUUUAGUAAGAGAAAGGUCUAUGUGUUGUCCAAAAUGUCCUUGCUAGGGAUUCUGGUGAAUCUUGCUGUUAUUAUAAUCCUUAAACACUCCAGGUAUCUAAAGAUGAAAUUUCUGUGGUAAUGUGGUGGCAACUGCCUUUAAGACCACUUCCGGCAUGUAUAGUUUCAAACACCAGCUCCAGUGUUCUGUUCCCGUUGUAGCUGACAGUCUUAGGAAGAGGCUGUGGGGAGUAGCUCAGGUCUACACUGAUGGACUGCCUUAGAAACCCGACCCCUCAAGACCCUGAGCAAGCCAGACUCUCUCCUUUAAAACACAGACUUGUAUUUAAUAUGGUUAAUUACUACUGCAAACUCCACAUGCAGAUCUGGAAGAACCUAGAGGGUGAUAUUGGCCAGUAUUUACCCCCCUUUUAAGUAGAAGACCAAUGAACAAGAUUUUUUAAAGUUUUUUAAUGUGCAUGAACAAUGAAUGAGUCAAUAUGAAGUAACUGGGAGUCCCCUUCCUGUGUCCAAGCCAUUGGUUGGUUAGGGUUUCAUUUUGUUCUUUCUCUUUAGGGGUAAAGAUGAUCUUUUGAACCUACAAAAAUUUUUAAGUUGUAACAACUUGAUGUCCUACUUUUUCCUUCUCACUAAUGUCAUUGUGAUCAUGUUCUUAUUCCUUAAGACAGCUUAUGAAACAGCGAGGUAAUUUAAAAUUGCCUAUCAUGUUGAAAAAUUUGAAACUGAGAAUCCAGUGAUAUUUAAAUUAUAGAUUGAAAUAACUGCUGCAUAAGAGUCUCCUUUUAAAAUUUUAGUUUUUAAGUUCUUAAUUAAAACAACUUGUAACAUGUUUUCUGUGUUUACUAAAAGCAAUAAUAAAAUAUUAAGUAACACCUGAAUACUUUUGCUGGACUGAGGUGAAUAAGAAUAGGAAUCUGUCCUUUUUCUUCCUUUUAAAACCUAGAAGACUGCUCUAUUUAUGAGGUGUCAAAUGCUUGUACUCUCCCAUUGCCAGAAAAUUCCCAAGUACCUAUAUACAUUUCUUUUAAAGUCUACUAAAAGUAAAAUAGGGUAUAGUUUAUCUGAAUUGCUUGUAAUGUAGUAAGCACACACUUGUGGUGCUUCUUAUGAAAUAGCUUUGUCAUUGAUUCAUCAGAUGUAGAUUACUAGUAAUUUGAAAGCUUUAAGCACUUUGAUGAGAAAGUACUGACAUUUCCGCUGAUAAAGUUUACGUCCAGCACAGCCUCAGCACUGAAAAGCCACCUUUCUGUUGUCCAUUUUAGCUGGCUGAGUUUGCAUGACCCAGCUAAAAUGCACAACAGAAAGGUGGCUUUUGAGUGCUGAGGCUGUGCUAGACGUAAACUUUAUCAGCGGAAAUGUUAGUACUUGCUCAUCAAAGUGUUCAAAUGUAUUGCUGGCAAAGAGGAAGAGGGGCCAAGCAUAUGUUAAAAGUGAAAACAACUGUCUUGUUGACUACUUCAGUGAAAAAUAGCUCAGUGGGCACUUUUACGUUUCACUGGACUAGAUAAAAAAAUGGUGCUAAUAUUUAUACAGUCUGAUUCUGUAGUUGGUUUGGGAUCAAAUUGCCAAUGCCUGACUCAUGGGUCCUUACCAUAGUCUUAUAAUCAGUUAAAUAGUAUUUAAAAAGUGGUCCUAAAAGUGUAACCAUGUAUAAUAUUUGAAAUGGAUUUUGUACAAUAGGCUGUAUAGGGAGCUGUCCACUCUGUUUACUUAGUACCAGAUUCUGUGAGAGGAGCCACGUCCAGGGUUGAGGCCCAGGUUUCCUCCCAGCCUGCUGGUGUGAGAGGAGCAAGCUGCUCCUUUAUUAUUUAUUUCCAUUUUGAAAGUCAGGACACCUGAGUGAAGACACUGGAGGCCUCUUUUUGGAUUUCUUUACAAUUAGCAGAACUGUUUUCCAGAGCUGUGUGCCUGUGUUGUUGUUGUAUGUGUAUUUUGAGCACUGCACUCACUUUAACAUUCUGAAGGCACUAAGGCCGCGCACCUGCGGUCACAGAGCUCAGGCGGUGGGCAUUCGGGGCUGUGUUUUCUAAGAACUGUGUGUUGCUUUUAGCUUGUAUUUAAUAUUGUAGUUACUUGGAAAAAUGUGAAUAAAGUUCAUUAAUACUA